AUGGUAGUGAGAGACUAAGAGACGGGAUCAGGACAGUCGGAUGAGGCGCUGGAUCUUCAUUUAGUCUUCGUGUGGUGAGCUGAAGAUGUGGAGUGUGGGGAGUCAUGGCUGGUAGCUCCGCGGUAUACGUCUGAUCUCUAUGAACUUGGAAUCGAGAUGAGCAGUAUAAGAGUCUGGUACAUCCUUCGACGGUAAGUAUUACAACAUCCAUCGUCGUUCAUCACACUCGACACCUUGAUCACCACCUUGAUUGUCACCUUGCGAGUCAUGCUUGGCGCAAAACCACUCACUUGCGGCAUCCUUGCUGCUAUUGCACCCAUUGCAGCGGCCGGAUAUGGAAAUGCAAACCCUUUCUGCAAAGGUGGCAUUCCUGCCAUCGCAGCUGCCAUCCUGACCAAAUACGAACCUGCUGAGACUUUCUGUUCGAGCACAUAUCCUCUGCCCAAAAUCACGUCCACCAAGACUGCAAGCACAUCGACCGUAACGACCACUGUUGCUACUGUGAGUCCUACCACCACAGUCGCUACUGUCACAGCAACAAUCACUCCUUCCACUGAGACAGUCACUGUCACUUCGGACACAGUGACAGAAUCGGUCACCACCACUGUUGAUACCACCACGUUCACAGAAUACGUUGAAGCGACGACUACGUCUACAUCUACGUUCUACACCAUCUCCAUCAUACAGAAGCGAGAUGAAGACAACCAACUGGUUGAACGCCACAACCCUCAGGCAGCAUCUCACUGGGCUAGCGUCCAGAAGCAAGCCAAGUCCUUCGUCGGUAGCGUGUGCACAUGUCUAGAAACGCCUGUCACCGUCUCAGCGACAACGACACCAUUGACAACGACAAGCGUCACGGCCACUUCAUCCGUCGAGGUUACUGCUACAGCCACAGAGUAAGUUCAGACCAUGCCUUGAGCGAACACAAAAGCCUGACUUUUGCAGCACCGUGACCGCCACCUCGACCGUGUCCGCUACCUCAACCACCACCACAACAAUUUCC